CAGCCUGGCACCCUUCGGCGAGCGCUGUUUGUUUAGGGCUCGAUGAGUCCAAUCAGGAGCGCUGGCUGCAGUUUUCCGGCAGAGCAGUAAGAGGCGCCUCCUCUCUCCUUUUUAUUCUCCAGCUGCGCGGCGCAGACCCUGGACUCGCGCUCUCCCGCCGGCGCCCUCGGCUGGUCUCCGCGCCCGGGAGCACCCUCCACCGCGGCGGGUCUUCUUGCGCAGCGUUCGCCCGAGGAGCCAAAAAGUCAGCUUGGAGAGGCGCCGGACGGUGGAUGGCCUUGACUGACGGCGGCUGGUGCCUGCCUAAGCGUUUCGGGACCGCGGCUGCGGACGCGGGGGACUCCGGGGCCUUUGCAGCGCGAGAGUCCUCCUCGCCGCCUUCCCCCAUCUCUUCCUCGUCCUCCUCCUGCUCCCGGGGCGGGGACCGCGGUCCCUGCGGCGCCAGCAACUGCAGGACGCGGCAGCUCGACGCCGAGGCGGUGGCGGGACCCCCGGCCCGCUCUCUGUUGCUCAGCCCUUACGCCUCACAUCCUUUCGCGGCUCCCCACGGACCUUCGGCGCCCGGGGUCGCUGGCCCCGGGAGCGCCCUGUCUAGUUGGGAAGACCUGCUACUCUUCACUGACCUGGACCAGGCCGCGACCACCAGCAAGCUGCUGUGGUCCAGCCGGGGCGCCAAGCUGAGCCCCUUCGCACCGGAGCAGUCGGAGGAGAUGUACCAGACCCUCGCUGCCCUCUCCAGCCAGGGACCGGCCGCUUACGACGGCGCGCCCGGCGGCUUCGUGCACUCUGCGGCGGCUGCUGCUGCUGCGGCGGCGGCAGCCAGCUCCCCGGUCUACGUCCCCACCACCCGAGUGAGUUCCAUGUUCCCCGGCCUGCCGUAUCUGCAGGGGGCCGGCAGCGGGCCCAGCAACCACGCGGGCGGCGUGGGCACGCACACCGGCUGGCCGCAGGCCUCGGCCGACAGUCCGCCCUACGGCAGCGGAGGCGCAGCGGGCGGCGGCGGGGCGGCGGGCCCCGGCGGUGCAGGCUCAGCUGCGGCGCACACCUCGGCUCGCUUCCCCUACUCGCCCAGCCCGCCCAUGGCCAACGGCGCGGCGCGGGACCCCGGGGGCUACGCGGCUGCGGGUGGCACCGGAGCCGGCAGCGUGAGCGGCGGUGGCGGCAGCCUGGCGGCCAUGGGCAGCCGGGAGCAUCAGUACAGCUCUCUGUCCGCCGCUCGGCCGCUGAACGGGACGUACCACCACCACCAUCACCAUCACCCUACCUACUCGCCCUAUAUGGGCGCGCCGCUGACACCCGCCUGGCCAGCUGGACCCUUCGAAACGCCGGUGCUGCACAGCUUACAGAGUCGCGCCGGAGCCCCGAUCCCGGUGCCGCGGGGCCCCAGCGCAGACCUGCUGGAGGACCUGUCCGAGAGUCGCGAGUGCGUGAACUGCGGCUCCAUCCAGACGCCGCUCUGGCGGCGGGACGGCACCGGACACUACCUGUGCAACGCGUGCGGCCUCUACAGCAAGAUGAACGGCCUCAGCCGGCCCCUCAUCAAGCCGCAGAAGCGCGUGCCUUCAUCACGGCGGCUUGGACUGUCCUGUGCUAACUGUCACACCACAACCACCACCUUAUGGCGCAGAAAUGCUGAGGGUGAACCUGUGUGCAACGCUUGUGGACUCUACAUGAAACUCCAUGGGGUGCCUCGACCACUCGCUAUGAAGAAAGAAGGAAUUCAAACUAGGAAACGAAAACCUAAAAACAUAAAUAAGUCAAAGACUUGCUCUGGUAACAGCAAUAACUCUGUUCCUAUGACUCCAACUUCCUCCUCCAACUCAGACGACUGCACCAAAAACACUUCUCCUUCUACACAACCAACAGCCUCAGGGGCGGGUGCCCCGGUGAUGUCUGCAGCAGGAGAAGCCACCAACCCUGAGAACAGUGAGCUCAAGUAUUCCGGUCAAGAUGGGCUCUACAUAGGCGUCAGUCUGUCUUCUCCUGCCGAAGUCACAUCCUCUGUGCGACAGGAUUCUUGGUGUGCUCUGGCCCUUGCCUGAGCUGGUGCUGCCGGGAGGCAGGGAAGGCUCUAAGGGCCUCACACAACUGAUUUUGUCCAGCAAUCCAUACGGUGGCAACGAUGCAGACAGAACAUUCCUCCAAUGUGUGAUUUCUGUGCCUUUGUUUUAA